CCAGCGAGCGCAGACCGGGAGCGCAGCGGCGCGAGCGUCGCAGUCUGAGCGGAGCGGCGGCGCUGGACGGACGCCUCCAAACGUCGCGGUUCAUCCUUUGCGCGAGUUCUGCGCGACAUUUGCGCCAGUGUUACCUCGGCGGUGUGCAGACUACGCGGUGCAGUGGAGACAAGCGGCCUGAACGAGUGUCCGCCGGUGUUUGGGGAAAUAACCAAGGAGUUCCUACGCUCCCCGCGCGCGAGGCUUGCAUCGUGGCUCUUUCACAAGUGGCAUGUUCGAGGGAGACUGCGGGCGCAAUUGAACUCCUGCUUUCACCCAAAGAGGAUUCAAUGAAAAUGUCCGUGUGCGUCCAUGAGAACCGGAAAUCCCGAGCCAGCACCGGCUCCAUGAACAUCUACCUGUUUCACAAGUCCUCCUAUGCCGACAGCGUCCUCAUGCACCUCAACUCCCUACGGCAGCAGAGGCUCUUCACGGACGUCCUGCUCCACGCCGGCAGCCGCUCCUUCCCCUGCCACCGCGCCGUGCUGGCCGCCUGCAGCCGCUACUUUGAGGCCAUGUUCAGCGGCGGGCUGAGGGAGAGCCAGGCCAGCGAGGUGGACUUCCGCGACUCCAUCCACCCCGAGGUCCUGGAGCUCCUGCUGGAUUAUGCGUACUCGUCGCGCGUCGUCAUCAAUGAGGAGAAUGCCGAAUCGCUGCUGGAGGCCGGGGACAUGCUGGAGUUUCAAGACAUCCGGGACGCAUGUGCCGAGUUCCUGGAGAGAAACCUUCACCCAUCUAACUGCCUUGGCAUGUUGUUGCUGUCUGACGCCCACCAGUGUACCAAGCUGUCAGAGCUCUCCUGGGGCAUGUGCUUGAGCAACUUCCCUGCUAUUUGCAAGACGGAGGACUUCCUCCAACUGCCCAAAGACAUGGUGGUGCAGCUUUUGUCGCACGAGGAGCUGGAGACGGAAGACGAGAGGCUGGUGUACGAAACCGCACUCAACUGGAUCAACUACGACCUGGAGAGGAGGCACUGCCAGCUCCCGGAGCUCCUGAGGACGGUUCGCCUGGCGUUGCUGCCCGCCAUCUUUCUGAUGGAGAACGUCUCCACGGAGGAGCUGAUCAACGCCCAGCCCAAGAGCAAGGAGCUGGUGGACGAGGCCAUCCGCUGCAAGCUGAAGAUCCUGCAGAACGACGGCGUCGUUAACAGUCCGUGUGCUCGACCUCGAAAAACAAGCCACGCCCUCUUUCUUCUGGGGGGGCAGACUUUCAUGUGUGACAAGCUAUACCUGGUGGACCAGAAGGCCAAAGAGAUCAUUCCCAAAGCUGACAUUCCCAGCCCCAGGAAGGAGUUCAGUGCCUGUGCCAUCGGUUGUAAGGUGUACAUCACCGGAGGGAGGGGCUCCGAGAACGGUGUGUCCAAAGACGUGUGGGUCUACGACACGGUUCACGAGGAAUGGUCCAAAGCAGCUCCCAUGCUGAUCGCCAGAUUUGGCCACGGCUCCGCAGAGUUGAAACACUGCCUCUAUGUAGUAGGAGGCCACACCGCAGCGACGGGCUGCCUGCCAGCGUCUCCGUCAGUGUCCCUCAAACAGGUGGAGCAGUUCGAUCCGGUGGCCAACAAGUGGACCAUGGUGGCUCCCCUGAGAGAAGGCGUGAGCAACGCCGCGGUCGUCAGCGUCAAACUCAAGCUCUUCGCCUUCGGGGGCACCAGCGUCACCCACGACAAGCUGCCCAAGGUGCAGUGCUACGACCCGCAGGAGAACCGGUGGACCGUGCCGGCGUCCUGCCCGCAGCCGUGGCGCUACACGGCCGCCGCGGUGCUGGGGAACCAGAUCUUCGUCAUGGGCGGAGACACAGAGUUCUCGGCGUGCUCGGCGUACAAGUUCAGCAGCGAGAGCUACCAGUGGACUAAAGUGGGCGACGUGACGGCCAAGCGGAUGAGCUGCCAGGCGGUGGCGUCCGGUAACAAACUGUACGUGGUGGGCGGGUACUUUGGCACGCAGCGCUGCAAAACCCUGGACUGCUACGACCCCACGCUGGACGCUUGGAACAGCAUCACCACCGUGCCGUACUCGCUCAUACCCACCGCUUUCGUCAGCACCUGGAAACACCUCCCCGCUUGAGCCCCAGACCCUCCACUCACCCUUUCCAUGAGAUUGCCCCGUUUUGCAUCAUCCGCCAGAGUCCGACUGUGAAGCGCACACGCUUUCUCCACCCCACCCCCCCCUCGCCAGGAGACGCCGAGCGGUGAUGUACAGGCGCCCGCGCUCAACUCGACGGCGCAAAGGUGCGGAGGACGUGCAGGAAGCCGGGACACGGAGCAGCGCCUCACGCCACCAGCCCAAACGAACCGAACCGAACCGCUGCUCGUUCCAGGAACCAUGAGCCCCAACCUCGUUGGCAUAUCAGGCUUUUCUGUGUGCUGCCAUUUAUUGACUGCAAACAUAUCACACAACCUGCAUUUUUUCCCCCAUUUACUCGUGACAGGCUUGUGAGGAUCCGUAUUGAUGUUUCUUUUCUCUAUGAUAAAAAAAAGAAGAAAAAAUACUCUUUUCACAGAGACUGCAAUGUAUAGCAUGAUGGAUGUUAUAUUUAGACUGAAGGUGGGAGAAUGUAAUGAUUGGAGUGCUACCGAACACAAACAGACUGAACUGCUGAUGCGUAGACGGCACAAUGAAGGAGCAGAUCUCCCCCUUCCUAUCCUCUAAUAAGCUCUUCUGUUUGACCUCCUGUAUAUUUGUAAGACACGCAGCUCUGACACAGAAAUACCCUUAGAGUGCUCCUCUUAUGAAGGCUUUGGCAACUCGCCGCCACCGCGAGGUGUUGAUGAGUGGCACCAGCUGAGGUCGAGGAGGACGGAGGGCGUCUGCGAGGGGGGGGGGGGGAUUCGAGGUCACGACCUUGUGUGUUCGCUGCCGCGCAGUUACAUGUCAGACGUCCACCUAGCGCCGGAUGGACGGGCUGCUGCAUUCAGCUGUACACUAACCGCUGCCGACGGCCGGACGGCUGUGCUUGCGUUACCCCCGAUGACAGUGGCGUCUCGCUUGCUGAGUCAUAGCUACAGUAAAAGCCUUCUUAGAGCAUGUCCACUCAUAGUGAUUCAGUGAAAACGGCAUGAAACUCCUCCUGUGCUCACUGUAACCUGAACUGAGAAUUUCCCAACUUGCUGCAGCGUGGUCUUAAUUUAUGUCAAUGGUCACUAUGUUAUGUUAAUAUGUUAAAGCCUAUUUAUUUCCUCUCUGCCUGCAUUCGUUCGUGGACUUUUUUAUUACGGUUGUGUUCUUGAUCCAUGUCAGACCAGGUGUUUUAUUUAAUCUCAGUUGGGCUGCAUUUUGCACAAUUCAGUCUUACUCGGGAGGAGCCUUCUGGAAACACUGGUUCAUGUCUCCCAAAGAUGGAAGAUGGAAAACUGGAUCAGAUUAAUAAGGACAAUAAUUAGCUUUGGCUAAAUGGUUGCUGCCCAAUUAAAAAGAAAACUUAAGCUGUACCUUCGGUUGUAACCUGCCUUAAAUUGGCCCAUUGUGGCCCAGAAUACAGCAACCAAACAAGACCGUGUGAAGCAUUAAACAGACAAAGCUGCUGCCGCGGUGCAGUAUGUGACCCAGUGACUACCAGGGACCUCGCAGAGUAACCCUGACAUGCUUACGAAUCCUGCAGCCGUUGCAGCUGUCCUCGGGACAACUGGAUGACGGUCACGUGCGUGAACCCGCCUCCUCAGGGCGUUGGAGUCCACUUUAACACUUAGCUGAGACAAAGUUGAAACCAGUAAGCUGUGCAGCGAUAAGGGCAGACACCGCAGUGCUUUUCACCAUCGCGUCUGUGAUGCAUGUAAAGAAUUUUAAAAAGAAAACUAAACUAAAAAGGUGAUAAAGAGAGAAUGUCUUAAACACUUGUCUGUCUAACAUCGACCAGCAACAGUGUAUUGAUGCUGUCAUUGAAUUUCAAUGUGAGAUGCAAUGUUUUGGUGGAAUAUUUUUCCUUUUCCUGUCCAAAGUUCGUCCUUUUUACUGGCAGUCCCACGACUCGCACGGAGACGGACCCUUGUGGCUCCACAAUUUGACCUCCUCCAACCACUGAGCACAGAGCCUCUGGCCCCACCAAUCAGAUAAGAGCGUUUCUUCCCCUAAAGAACACAAGUUUCCCCGGCAACGGCGAGUAAUGAAUGCCCUUUCAAUUUGCACCUAAUUGCUGAGUGGCAUUUCCCAUUUCUCCUCUUCUUCUCUGUUAUCCGGAUCAUUCUGCAACAGAGUCUCCUGCUUCACCGAAACGCCGCCACUGUGCAUCUGUUUCAUUUUUUUGUCAUGUAAGAGUUUAUUUUCUAUUUUUAUGGCAUUAUUUUGUACAUGUGAUUUUUUUCACAAUGUGAAAUUCAUGGCUAAUAAACAUAAGAGUUUUUCCUCUUGACUGUAAA